GUCUGCUUCAGCCAGCAGCAAAUUUUAUUCCCAUUCAACAUCUUUUAAGAUAUGAUAUCGUAAAAAAAUGCAUUCGAAAGAUGCUGUUGCUUGCCCCUGCCUCCGAAGGAAGUAGACGUCGUCCGUUCACCCCAGCAGGAUGUAUGCCCUGCCCGUGGGAAUCGUUUUCCUUUGUCUGGCGACGAUCACGGUCGCGCUGCGACUGUAUACAAGGUUGAGGUUGGUGAGGAAGCCGGGAUGGGAUGAUUUGUUGAUUGUAGUGUCGUUGGCGACUGAUAUAGUGUUCUUUGCGUUUUUGGUUAUAGAAAGCCAAAACGGCCUCGCCGAAAACGAAGAAGAUCUUCCGCCGGAGGUGGUGAGGAGACAAUUGAAGGCCCUCUGGAUAACAAUCCCCCUCUACAACCUCACUCUAACCCUCACAAAACUCUCCUUGAUAUUCCUCUACCGCCGCCUCUUCCCAACACACACCUAUCGGAUCCUCCUCAUCCUCACCCUCAUCUUCGUCAUCAUCACCGGCCUCUGGAUGGUCCUCAGCACCCUCAUCUUCUGCAUCCCCAUCAACGCCUUCUGGGAUACCUCCCUGCCCCAUACAUGUCUCCCCGAGGAUGUGGUCUGGUGUCUGAACGCCGCGUUCCAAAUCACUACGGAUUUGAUCCUCGUGGUAUUGCCGUUGCCGAUCUUGGCGAGGUUGAAUCUACCGAAGAGGCAGAAGGCUGCGCUGUUGGUUAUUUUUGCGUUGGGGUUUUUUGUCUGCGCAACAAGCAUCAUCCGCCUAACAACCAUCGUCCGACUCCUCCGAGAUCCAGACUUUACCUCAGGAAACGGCCUCGCAGCAACCUGGUCCUUCAUCGAAUCCGCCGUGGCCAUAACCUGCGCAUGCCUCCCCCCUCUCCGACCCUUACUCGUCCGGGUAUUCCCCAAACUGAUUCCUUCUCGAAUGCGAUCUUAUCACAAUAGGGAUAAGGAUAAGGAGUCGCGAUCUAACAGCAAUAACAACAACAACAAUAAUAAUAAUAAUAAUAAGGCUGAGGAGGCGGGACUUCAACUUCCUUCACGACCACCCACGAUAUCUAAAUCCCGGACGAGGAAAUCCAUAUCGAAAAGAGGAGGAACGUCUAGGAAUGAGGAUCUUGAUUUCCUAUCUGUGUACGGGGGCGGUGCGGCGGGGUUGUUUGCGCCGGGGAGUACGGUGUCGACGAGUGUUUGGGGGGAUGCGGGGAGUGUUAGGUCUGCGGUAGUUGAUGGGAAUGGG